GUCAAAGUUGCAGAAAACUACUCUUGUAUUUUUGGCGAAAAAAAGCCCCCUUGGAGUGCAUUUCCGCGUGUCGUACACACCCCAAUGGAUGCCCCCCGAGUCCGUGGCGAUGCGGCGGUGUAGCGUACAGUGAGGGAAUCGGCGCGAGGGACGCAUCGUGGAGUUUCUUCCUCCGCCACACUUAGUUGUCACGCACACAGACAAACACGGGAGGAGAGGAUGUCAAAGCUGAGUUUCCGGGCGAGGGCCCUGGACCCGUCCAAGCCCCUGCCCAUCUACCUGACGGACGAGCUGCCCGACCUGCCCGAGUACUCGGCCAUCAACAGGGCUGUGCCCCAGAUGCCCAGCGGCAUGGAGAAGGAAGAGGAGUCCGAGCACCAUUUGCAACGUGCCAUCUGCACUGGUCUCAUCAUCCCCACGCCAGAGGUUUUCCAGACGGAUCCUGAGUUCUACGAUAGAAACUAUCCCAAGGACUACAAGAUGCCGCGACAGAUGAUCCACAUGCAGCCGUUCAACAUGGAGCAGGACAUCCCGGACUACGACAUGGACAGCGGCGAUGAGGUGUGGGUGAAUUCACGGCUGGAUUUGAAUCCAUACAAAUUCGAGCAGAUGAUGGACCGACUGGAGAAGAGCUCCGGACAGACGGUGAUCACGCUGAACGAGGCGAAGGCGCUACUUAAGCAGGAUGACGAAAUCAGUAUUGCAGUGUACGAUUAUUGGUUGAACAAGCGACUGAAGACGCAACAUCCCCUGAUCCUGUCGGUGAAGACGGAGAAUCGUGGCGGACAGACAGCUAAUAAUCCCUACUUGGCAUUUAGAAGGCGAACGGAGAAGAUGCAGACAAGGAAGAAUCGAAAGAAUGACGAGGCUUCCUAUGAGAAGAUGCUCAAACUGAGACGAGAUCUCAGUCGAGCUGUGACACUCCUGGAAAUGAUCAAGAGGCGGGAAAAGGCUAAGCGUGAACAUUUGCAUCUGAGCAUUGAAGUUUUUGAGAAAAGAUACCAAGUUCGGGACUACAGUGGCCAUCUUCUGGCUGAGUACUCAUCGAGCGCCUCCAAGAAUGCCAGCAGAUCUGCUUUUGCGCCUCUCCUGGGCAAUCAAUACUCACACAUGACCGGAUCCCAUUCGUCUGCUUCCACGGCAAUGUGGGCCAACUCCAACAAUCUGAGCUACUCGCAGUACUCGGGUCAUCACCACCACUCGCAGAUGUACGGCGUGAAGGGGGAUCUGGACAUGAAUCUGGUGGCCAACAGCGGGUCGUCGCGCAAGGAGAAGAGGCAGUACAAGAAGAGGAAACACAAAUACAUUCCACGCGGAACCCAGGGUGGUUCGCUGGCAGCGGGAGGAAACUUAAUUCCAGGUGGCGGUGAUUCUUUGGUGUCGUCAGAGGACGAUGAGUUGCUGUACAACCUGUCGGGGGCGCCAGAGAUGCCGGAGGAGGAGGGCGUGUUUGCCUUCCGGCGCAACCUGAACUGUCAAUACAAGCGGCCCAUCCACAGUGGUGUGGGCGGCUGGUCAAGAGCGUCCCGGGGCCGGCACGUUCUGCCUGAUUACCGGUGUAAGUUCACACUGGGCGCCGUGCGUCCGCGUGAGCGGGCUUUCGUGCGGCGUCGAAUAGGCCGCGGUGGCCGUGUGGUAAUUGACCGGCUAUCAGGCAAUGUCGAUGAUGUGUGGUCAAAGCUGGAUUACACGAUCUUCGACAGUUGGAAGGCCCAGAAGGAGGCGGAGCAGCCGAUCGUGGUGAAGCUGGAGGAAGCCGAGGGUGACCAGUGCAAUGGUCAGGAGGGUGCGGAGGAGGCAGUAUUGAAGGUGGAAGAUGCGGUGACAAAUCACGUGAAUCCGUUGAGAGAGAGUGAGGAGGUGUGCGAUGGUGUGGAGUGGCGGAGCGAGGAGGACUUGGCGGACUAUGAGGAGGUUGUGCCGCAGGAUGUGCGAGAUAUGAUGCGGAAAGGCGACUUCACUGUGGAUUCUCUGUCGUGCUACCAUCCCAAGAGUCCGGAUCUCCAUGUGGAAUCGCCGCGAAUGGAGCUGGACGAGCGGGAUUAUGCGUUAGAGAUUCAAGCUAUCGAGGACAGGAGUCUCACGUGUGAUUUACUGCUGUCAGACAAUGUCUUCUACCCCACGCCCUUCACACUCGACGAUCUUAUCAGUUCUAGUGAUCUCAAUCUGGACAGUGAUCUCGCUGCCGCCCUUCAGGACACCCCAGUCGAUCCCGAGGUAACCGUCGGAUGUUCCCAGUUUGCCGUGGCAGAUAUGACGAAUCGAAGAUCGGAUCAAUUGCCAAGCAAAGCCAGGAGUUCUCGGAGAGCGUCCGCAGAGAGGAUGGAAGUGGAGCAGAACAUCGCUGACACGUCCAAUGAUAGUGAUGACGUUCCUCUUGUGGCUUACCAGAUUGAGUCCCAGGCCGCCGCCGCGGCGGCAGCGCAGGGAGCUUCAACGUCAGCUUCUGAGCCUCAAAGCAUCGUUCUGGGACUCUCAACGGCCUCCAGGAGUGUACUCAAUGGCUCGCAGGACAGUAAAAACGUUGUGGCGCGAGGAAGAAGUCUGUUUCAAGCUGUGUCCACGGGUGGCGGACAACAGAGCCUAGUGACACUGACACAGACGCAACCGGUCUUUCUCACGCACCAGCCCGUCUUCCAGGGCGCCAACAAGGUGGUGAUGCACAGCGCGAGUCCUGUGGCAUCGCCGCAGAAGGUGGUUGUGGCACAGCCCAAGGGGCGCUUCAGUCAGGGGCCGAGUCUCAAAGUGAACUCGGCGGGCUUGAAGGCCAGCGAGAGCACCACGGUGGGCCAUCUGGCCACCACGGCGGAUGGGAAGAUUGCCACGAUCAAGUCGCAGCCGGCGCGGGGACUGAACAUGGUGAUCGAUGUGGACAGGAAGAGGAUCAUGUAUGCCAAUCUGAAGAACAGCGGUGCCGCCGUGACGUCGGGGCAGCAGUUUGUGACGCAGAUCAAUCCGCGGAUGGUGAACAUCGUGCCCAUUCAGCAGAUCAAGACGACCAGCGAUCUCCAGGGCGUCCAGGCGGGCGCCUCUUCGGGUGCCACAGCGUCGCCCACGCAGAUCAACAACACGGGAAAUGCCGGCAGAUGAGUUCACUGGCUCGUCUCGAUGAAUGCGAUGGAUUUAUUUGUAAAUAUGUGUUCUAUGUAAUUAUCUCUCAAUAAUUCUAGAGACAAGUGAAUUAAAGAAAGAUGAAGCAAUGGGCGAUCUAAUCUCUGA